AUGGCUAUAUUCGUUUUACUGAGUUCCGAGCCUACUUCAUCAGGUACUGUUCAAUCCACGCAGCAAGCUAAACUCGAAGGGGAGCGUUGCAAGAUCCUUCUCUUGGGUGAGAGCGCAGUGGGCAAGACCAGUCUUUUCCGGCGUUACAUCGGCGAGCCAACGGAGCGGGUGACUCCCACGAUCGGCGUGGAGUACAAGCAGAAGGUGAUCGAGCUGGGCGGCAGGCUGAUGAAGGUGCAGCUGUGGGACACCGCGGGGACGGAGCGGUUCAGGACCAUCACUCCCAUCUACUAUCGCAACGUCGAUGGAGUUUUGCUCGUGUUUGAUCUGACCGAUAAAGCGUCCUUCAGGAGCAUACAGUAUUGGAUUGAUUAG